AUGAAAAUAUUAGCCUUAGACCCUUCCGGCACUUCCACUACUGGGAUAUUUCUUUACGAGAAUUGGAAAAAGGUAGAUAUUUUGGCUUGUGAAGUCAGCACUCUAUGGCAAAAGCAAAGCCAUACUUACCAUUUCGACAACCUAAUCAAACUAGUAGGACAUUGUGAAUAUUUAGCCCAAGAAUUAGGGAUUGAGUAUGUGCCAGUCAGCAAUCAAUACAUGAAUAAAUGGGAAGCCCAAGCCAAAGAAGGAAAAAUUGCUGGAUUAGUUUGCCAAGAAGUGCAAGGGAAAGGUCGACCCAAGCAAAUCUGA